AUCGAUCGCGAUGGACCCACCCGACCGGGCGGUUUCGUUGGAUUUCACCGGCCCGGCCACUAGCACGUAACCGUGCAAGCUACCAAUUCCAGAAGUGAGCUAAAGACAGUCAGGCUACAACACCGCAAGUGCAGCUCGAUCAGGCCCUGUUCGGUACACACGCUACACGCCCCAGCCACGACACUGGCACCCACGCUGCUACUCGCACCGUACAUAAACACACGCACCAGUUGGGGUGCUUCUCAGCGAGCACCGGGAAACACAAGCGUGAGCCAAGAAACUAAGCGCCACAGCCUCCUCAGCUAGCUGAUCCCCAUGGCAACGCUUCGGCGGUCUGCGGCGUCGCUUGCAGUGGCGGCACUGGCCGUGGCGCUCGCGCUGGGAAUGGCGGCAGCGCAGGGGCCGGCCGCGGCCCCGGGACCGAUGCCCGGGAUCAGCGACGAGUGCCUGAACGCGGUGCUCAACAUGUCGGACUGCCUGUCGUACGUGACGGCCGGGAGCACGGUGCGGCACCCCGACAAGCCGUGCUGCCCGGAGCUGGCCGGCCUGCUGGAGUCCCACCCCGUCUGCCUCUGCCAGCUGCUGGCCGGCGGCGCCGAGUCGUACGGCGUCAGCGUCGACAGCAAGCGCGCCCUCGCGCUCCCGGGGAUCUGCCGCCUCACCGCGCCGCCCGUCGGCGCUUGCGCAGUUUUUGGAGUCCCUGUCCCCAUGGGUUUGGUGCCAUCUGCAGCGCCCAUGUCAGGCAUGUCUCCAUCGUCUAAUGGCCCGGAAGUGCCUGCGAACCCGCCGUCCGGCUCGGCGAAGUCGUCUAACCACGCUCCAGGCCGCUUCACCGCCGGCCGUCUCAUCGCCCUCGCCGCGCUGCCCCUCGCCGUCACGGCCGCGGCCGGGAUGCUCUAGAUCACCAGGCCAGAGUUCAUCUGGGAGUGGAGCGAUGAUGUCGAGGUUUAGCCUGAUGAUUCUUCUUCAUUUUUGCCACACAUAUGGUUGUGCAUUAUGAUACGUACGUACAAUUCCAUGGGCGAUAUUUUUUCCAAGUUUGUUUCUUGUAAUAAUUCCUUCGGUGUAAUUCGCUAGAGAUCGUGACGUUAUGUACUUACAGCAUUGCCUUUUCAUAUCUCUCGUCGUUCAUGCUUCACAUUUUGGGGUUAAUUGGUUCUCUCUAUU